AUGAUUAACUGCAGCUGCUCAGAGUCAAACUUUGUCCUUAGUUUUCCCAUGAUUCCUUGUUUUGAGUUGUGGCUGGACAUUGCGCUUCGGAGAAGGAGACAUACCUGUGGAGAGGCAUACAGAAAUCAGAUUAUGGACACUAAUUCUUCCACUCUGAGAAUUGGAGUGGUAGGAUAUGGACACCUAGGGCAGUUCCUGGUGGACAAACUCCUUGAAGCUGGAGCUGGUCUUGGUUUGGCUCUGGGUUUUGUCUGGAACCGGAAUCCCAACAAGCUCAUGGGUUCAAUCCCUGCUGAACUGAUACUUGAUGACCUGUCGUCCUUCGCCAACAGGCGGUGUGAUGUGAUUGUAGAGGUGUGUCAUCCACAGAUCGUGAGAGAUUUUGGACUCAAAUUUCUCUCUGAGGCUCACUUCAUGGUGGGCUCUCCAUCUGCCCUUUCUGAUCCUGAUUUGAACCAGAGACUGCGGCUGGCAUCUCUACAACAUGGCAGGACACUUUAUAUACCCAGCGGUGCAUUAUGGGGAGGCCAGGACAUCCAAAGAAUGAACGAUAGUGGGACAUUAAAGGCUUUGUUCAUAAGAAUGUCCAAGCAUCCGUCAUGCUUCCGACUGACGGGAGACGUCCUCAGUGACUGGACAGAAGGAGAGGGCAGGCGGGUUUUGUUCAGAGGCUCAGUGGCAGACCUGUGUCCUCUCGCUCCUAACAAUGUCAACACCAUGGCGGCAGCAGCCGUGGCAGCAGGAAAGCUCGGCUUUACAGGUGUUCAGGGAGAGAUCGUAUCAGACACAGCGCUGAAGGACUUUCAUGUGGUGGAGGUGGAGGUGACUGGGCCUGAUGGGUUUUCUGUGCACACGGUGAGGAGGAAUCCAGCCAAACUCGGCGCCGUGACUGGCAGCGCCACAUACAACUCCUUCUGGAACAGCUUACUCAUUUGCAGAGGUCACGGUGGCAGAGUUUACUUGUGCUGAACCAUGGAGGAUUACCUGCAAUGUAGGAGGAAGAUCCCCGACCAAAUUCCAGAUAAAUUAAAGAGCUCAGGAUGGAUACGCUGCAUGUAUGGUGGAUCUCUACAUUAGCGAGUUACUUGGCUUUGUAAACUUGCCGACCUUUCGGUGUGUUUCCAUGAACUGAAUGCUUGGAAUAAAACAAAAGACAGAAAUCAUAUGUAAAAUACUAA